UGGCCAUACCUUUUCUAUCUCUAGAUUACUGAUUUCAUUAUUCAGUGGUGUUACUGGCAAGACAGAGGUACACAAACAGUGAAAAGGAAAAAAUUAUAAUGGUCUGAAUUGUAAUUGUCUCUGAUGUGUGCAGGUAUCAGGGGUGAAAUGUACAGAUACAGUUGAGAAAAAUCUGGCAUUAUUUAGAGGUCUGUGGGGAAUAAAAUAAACAAACAAACAAUCUCACACCUGCCAAUACAUUACUGGCUGAUGAACCCUCUUGAAAUAAGAUAACCAACAAAAAAAUACAAUAUUUUAUUCUUAGAGAGAAUUGCUUUGAGGAAGGAAUACUCGUCUUACUGACUGCUCCUGCUAAGAAGCACAUAUUUUCUGGAGGCUCCUUGGGAAACUGUACUAGGUGAGCUUAGAAAUGGCUUAACCGGAUGGCAGGCUGUUUGUACCUUUAUGAAGGUACAAUGGCAUCCCACAUAAAUCACACUUGUGCAGUGUAAGAAACUUUAAUUUCCCACUGGACUCUGCCAGCAAAUUUAGAUUUCUUUUUAAAGACAAUAUCAGUCUUCUGUAGCCAGCAGUUUCCAUAGAAAGAUGUAGUGUCUUAAAAACUUCAUUUUUUCCAGGAGAUACCUUCCACUUCAAGCAGUGGGGCCAGCAAUGUGGGAAGCUGCCCUAGAACAAGAGAAGUAGGGAAAGUCUAAAUCGCCCCCAUCAUGUGUUAGAGCCAUAGUGGGUUUCUAUCUAUAGGUCAAAAAUUUGUGUGAAAGGCUUCAAAACCAUCAGUGUUAGGUGGGAAGAUGGUCAAAAAUGCUAAGAACAGCUGCUCAGGCCUGAAAAGGAUUAAUUCUGUUCUCCGUUGUGACUAACAGGGGAGUUGUGUUAAUACGAUGAGAUGGAUUGGCACGUCACUUCCACCCGGCAGCUCCCUGUGCUCCACUUGCACAUGCAGUGAUUCACCAGCAGUGGGUGGUGAAUUAUGCAGAAGCAGGCAAAAGAAGAUGGGAUGAAAUCUUCAAAAGAAGAUAGGAUGAAAUCUUCUUUGCCAUCCUGAGCUCAUCUGCUGAAGAUGAUUUGUUCCUGGAUCUCCCCAUGAGUAUUUUCCCAAUACCCAAGUUAAAUAAGGAACCUACCUGGACUUUAGAAAGGUUAUUUUACAAUAUGAUUGAUCUAGUUAUUUAGUCUUUGUGCGGUACAGUCUUUCACAGGCUAAUUAUACCCACAGCUUUUCUGCAGUGCUGUGUUAAUAUCAGCUGUCAAAGUAGCACCUUGGCAAAUGGGAACGUCAUUACAUUUCUUUGUCGGAUUCUGCCACUUGUGCUCCCAAGGACCUGCAUGUCACUGAGUUCUCCCGUAGCUCUGUAAUAGGACUAUGAUCAACGACUCUUCUUGUGCUAGAAGAUAACAGCUGGUGAGAAUAGCAGAGUUUGUCUUUCCAUGCUUUCUACUAUGACAUACCAAACAAUUUUUAGGCUUUAAACUAUUGCUCAAGUAAGAAAAUGCCCUGCUUUCCCAUUGAUUGUUCAGAUAAAAUUAAAACCACCCUUCAGAUAUUUUGCUCUAUAAGAACAGAACUCAGCUCGGUAAGAAAAACUGUUUGAGGGAAGUCCAUCGUCUUCCACCUGUUCUAAAAUAAAAAUUGAAGGGCAUUUGAGCAGCACGGACAAAAACCUCGGGAGCUCCGCUCCAGCCGAAGCGAGGGGAGCUCUGAUCAGCGUUGCCAGUCUGCGCUCGCACCUCGCUAUGCCCCGAGACUCGCAGCGCGUUUCACCUUUGAACAACGCCGUGCCCCGAGCGCCGGGACUAUAAAAUGGAUUUAGGAUUCAAAGACCGUAACAACAGGACACAUACCAAGAACACCUCUGCUGCAACAAAGAAUUUUUCUGCCUGGGAAGACUAUAAGAGUAGUGUUGAUGACAUGCAGUACUUUCUUAUUGGGCUGUACACACUUAUAAGUCUGGCUGGCUUUGUGGGAAAUCUGCUUAUACUAAUGGCCCUGCUAAAGUGCAAGCAGAAGACAGUAAUAAACAUUCUCAUUGGAAACUUGGCCUUUUCUGACAUCUUGGUUGUGCUGUUUUGUUCACCGUUCACGCUGACAUCAGUCCUGCUUGACCAAUGGAUGUUUGGCACUGUCAUGUGCCAUGUAAUGCCCUUCCUCCAGUGUGCAUCAGUCCUAGUUUCAACUUUGAUGUUAAUAUCUAUUGCUGCAGUCAGGUACCGUAUGAUAAAGUAUCCCCUCUCUAGCAACCUCACAGCAAAACAAGGCUAUUUCUUAAUAGCAAUCAUUUGGGCCUUUGGCUUCACAAUUUGUUCCCCUCUGCCAGUUUUCCAUAAAACUGUGGACCUCAGCAAAACUCUGAAUUUAGAGGGACUGGAGAACAGGCUGCUGUGCAUCGAGUCAUGGCCUUCCGAUUCCUACAGGAUCGCCUUCACCAUAGCCUUGCUGUUGAUGCAGUACAUCCUGCCGCUGGCGUGCCUGACCGCCAGUCACACCAGUGUCUGCAGGAGCAUAGGUGCUAGGCUGUCAAACAAGGAAAACAAGUUUGAAGAAAAGGAGAUGAUAAACCUAACUCUUCAUCCCUCUAAGAGCACUGGCCCACAGGUUCAACCCUCCAGAUAUUCCAGGUGGAGCCGUGCCUUUGGCAGGAGGCACCACAGAAGAUACAGUAGAAAGACUUCAAGUGUGAUGCCAGCUAUUUCAAGGCAUCAUCAGGAUACUCACUCCAGAGUUCUCCCAGAAACCUCUGACACAGAAAAAAGCCAGCUCUUUUCCUCCAGUAAAUUAAUCCCUGGGAUCCCUAUCUGUUUUGAAAUGAAACCAGAAGAAAAUACAGAGAUCCAGAACAUGAUUACAGUAUCCCAGUCCAUCAUCAGAAUUAAGACAAGAUCGAGGAGGGUUUUUUGCAGACUGACAGUGCUAAUACUGGUUUUUGGCUUCAGUUGGAUGCCUCUUCACCUUUUCCACAUUGUGACAGAUUUUAAUGCCACUCUCAUUUCCAACAGGCACUUUAAAUUAGUAUAUUGCAUAUGCCAUUUGUUGGGUAUGAUGUCCUGCUGCUUGAAUCCCAUCCUCUAUGGGUUUCUUAACAACAGCAUAAAAGCUGAUUUAAUGUCCCUUAUUCCAUGCUGCCAAAUACCAUGAUUUUAUGUGCCCCAAGAUAAAGUAAAUAAGUAUGGCUUUCAAGCCUAGUGGCAUAUAUAGCUGUAAAAGCUAAAUUAGUUUAGUUUAGUUAGUCUGACUUGGUUGUGAUUAGUGGCAUUUUUUUGUGGAUGGAUAGUUCUACGGCUGCAUGUAUUUCUUGCCUUGGGCAGAAAUACAUGCAUAUGUUAUAAUGAUGUUUUAUCUGUUACAUGUAGGAAAUCAUGCCCAGUGUACAAAACCAGAAUACCAUUUUCAUUAUCCAAAUUGUUGGCAACCUGUACUUUGGAAUUAUACAGAAUAUAUAAUGAGUAAUAAAUGUGAGACAGACUACUUAGACAUAUCAGUAUUAACUGUCAUAAAACUAUAAUAAAAUACAUAUCAUUUACUAAACAA